AGGAAGAAAGAGGUGUUCCUGGACCACGUCAGGCAAAAGUAUCCUCAACACGCUGUUAUUAUCAUGGGACACCAGGACCCCAUGAAGGAGCAGGUGAGGAGUCCACAGCUUACUGACAGGCCCCACUGCACUGGUGUGACAUUGGUGAAAGACCAGGACAGGCUGGUUUCAAGCAACAUGUCUGAUGGAGACGUGAUACCCCCGUCAGUCCCCUUUACAAGGGGCUCUAAGGCCAGAGCAAGUCUACCUGUGGGCCGUUCCAGCGGACAGACACGAGAGAGGCCAUUUGGUGUGCUGUUCCUGCAGUAUGGGGAGGAGACGAAGCAGGUCUGGGUGCCUACAGAAAUCAGCAGCCGGGACGCUCUGCGGGGUCUGUUUGUUAAUGCCUUCCCCCAUCAGCUCACCGUCAAGAUGCUCCAGUCUCCCAACAUGGCCAUCUACAUCAAAGACACCAGUCACAAUGUUUACUAUGACCUGGAGGACAUUAGAAACAUCACCCCUAACUCCUGUCUGAAGGCUUAUCAUAAAGACCCUGCACAUGUGUUCAACCGCCAUGCCAGGUCUGUUACUACAGGAGGAAGGAUUUCCAAAGAGGCGUUGUACGGCAGUCACAGUCCAGUCCACACUCUUUCGAGCCUGCAGGGCUCCAUGUCUCCGCCUAUGGUCCGCUCUAUGCCCUCUUCCCCUUCCAGAGUGGCAUAUGGUGGAGUGGGCAAACGAGGGGGCAGUGGGGGGGUAUGGGACCCCAGCUCCACAUUACCGCGGGAACGCCUUUCAGGGGCAGGACGAUCCAGCGCCAUGAGCACCAGCAGUGCCAUACUAGAGAGGAGAGACAUCAAGCCUGAUGAGGACGCUGGCAACAGUAAGAGCAUGGCCUUGGUGGUGCAUGGUGAAGGAGGACCACAUUAUCCAGACUCCUACUGCUCCUCCCUGCAGGAUGGAACAGGAGGUCGCCAAAGCAUCCCCUCCUCCCAGUGUAGUGCCCCUCCAGCUCUCACUACAGACAUGGUGGAGGUUGGUGUCCUAGGGAUCCCAGGAGGGCUGCAGCAGUACCGAGCCUCCAUUAAACCCUUGAUGGGUUAUGGAGAGAGCAUGGAGGAUCAGACCCACUCCCUCCACAGGCAGAAGAGCAAGAAGUAUAGUGUCAGCCAGCUUCCUCCAAUGGGAACCAAAACCCCUUCCCCUUCUCCUCACAGAGUCAGUGACAUCAGGAUGACUGAUGGUGGGCAGAUCAUCGGAGGUAUGGGCCUAGUGUCUCCUGAGAAGAUUUCGCCAAUUCGCCGGUCCCUGCGGCAGGACGGUAGCAGUUCUACAGUAGAGAUUGUAAGCAGAAGCAGAGGAAGCGGAUCCUCAUCCUCCGCCUCAUCUGUUUUUGCUGACAGUCCUCUUGGACAAUCUGAGAGACUGUUUCAGAGCCAUAUGAAUGCCAGCAGUGCCCAAAGUGAGAGAAUCAAAGCCAUGGAGGAGCAGAUCGCCAGUCUAGCAGGGCUGGUGCACCAUGCUCUGUCUAUAGGACCAGAUGCUCCUGGAGCCAAGGAUGCUGUCAGUAUAAGUCUGGAACGCAAGGUCAUAAACAGACAUGGAGUGUCCUCUGAGUCUCAGAAUCCUGCUGCUUUGACUGACAGCUUUAGCUCCACCCCUCUGGCUCUUCUGGCCCCGCCUUCUAACACCGGGAUGCAGCAGCGUUUAGUGUCAGCCAAGAGGAAUGUGUGUGAACUUCGGCUGCAACUGAACCAGCUCAGAUGUUUACAGUUAUCAAACCAGGAAACUGUGAGCUCUAUGCUGCGAAUGGCAGGUCAGGAGCUAGUGUUGCUGAUGUGUGACCGACUGGCUCAAUUUGAGGAGGCAGCUUAUAGACGGAGAGCUGAGAUGGAAGAGGAGAGGACCCACUACCUUGCAGCAGAGGAGAGAAUACUCACACAGCUCAGUGAACUGGAGGACUAUGUGGACCAUUUGCAAAGCAGCUCUGCCUCCAGUACAAGCCAGCUGAGAGUAACUCUGAGAGAUGUGGAGGAGGGAGCAGUGAACCUGCGAAGGGUUGGGGAGGCUCUGGCCAUUCUCAAAGGUGAGUUUCCAGAGCUGCAGAUGAAGAUGCGCUCAGUGCUAAGGCAGGAGGUGGAGGCAGUGCGUUUCCUGAAGGAGGAGCCUCUUAAGAUGGACUCCAUGUUAAAGAGGGUCAAAGCCCUGACUGAAACCCUAAGCUCUCUCCGCAGGUGUGUGUCAGAGUCAGCCCCCUCACCCAAAUCAGCCCAGUUGGACCCACUAGAAGUUGUGGCAACAGACAGUGGACUCUCAAAGAUCCAGAGUCCUCAGAACUCACCCAAACCCCAACCUCGGUCCUCAGUCAGACCACCUCAGCUUACCCCUCCUCUCUCUGGGAGCCAGGCUGAGAUUAGCUUAGUGGGCUCGGACUCCCCCAUUGUGGCCCGCAGAUUGAAGAGCAUGGCACCUUCAGUGGUCCAGCCUUCUCAACAGUACCCCAGUGUCCCUCUGACACCCACCCAUCGACAUGAAUCACCCACUGUGGCUAAGGUGAGUCCUCGCAGCAGAGAGGGGAGUCCUGCCCUACAGAGGAGAGCAGGUCUUCAGGAGUCUGAUGUACUGGACCAACCUGCACCAACGCCUGUACAACAGGCCCACAGUGAGAUGACCGUGACCACAGAGAGGCAAACUCAGGAGGGCAGUCUCGGCGGAGAAGCCAGCAUUAGGGGCCAGUCCAGCAAUUGUCGAGCCAAGCAGCCAGCCAGCUUCGAUUCCAGUCAGUCUCAACCUCCCAGCGCCAGUAAAGACUUUGACCAGGUCCUCCAGGAGGUCCAGGCCAGCCUGAUGGAGUCUAUCCCCAAUUUGGAUGUGUCAGAACCCAAAGGGAACAAUUCUGCCUCACAACACACAACUCUUUCUGCAUUGAAAUCAGAACAGGGUGCACCUCUGAACCUGACGCUGCAAGGAGAGCAGCAGGCACUUUUUUCUGGCAUCCAGGAAGGCACACCUUUCAGGCACAGUGAUGAAGUGGAUUCCACUGACAUCAAAGCCCCAAACACAGUUCCAGCAACAGUGGCAGCCUCCCAGCUUCCUGCAGCCACUGUGGACAUUCCUUCAUUACCUGCUCCUUCAGCUUUUCGUGGUACAGAGAGCAGCAGCCGGCCACAGGUGGAAAAACCCCGCCGCUCCAGCUUAGACAAGGAAAUGAAGCAGAGUCGAGAUAGGCUGGGCAAGAGCCCUCCUCCUCCUCCUCCACGGAGGAUCCGUGCUGUCAGUUCAGGUCUUGCAGCAGGAAGGUUAGGAGAGGUGGUCUUCACCACCAGGACAGAGCCUGUUGGAGCACAGGAUGAUGAUGACAAAGAAAAAGAGCUGCCUGCAGUUUCUCAGCCCAAACCUCCAAGACAGCCACCAGAGGUUAAGCCCAAACCCCAGAUGUGUACUGCUGCACCUCUGCCUGGAUCCACCUCUGCCCAUGCUGCAGUGUCAGCAGAAAAGCACGAAGAGGAGGAAGAAGAGCUGCAGGUGACAGAACUGACAAAUAAGAAUCAUUCAUCAUGUGGAAAUAAGCAAAAUGGAGAAAGAAAGGAGAGGACUUUUCUAAACUCACAAGUGGCUAAUGAUUUAGCAACAUGUGACCAACAGUCCAUCCCCCAGCUGGGUUUUACAAAUGGCUGCUGUCUUAAACCCAUAAUGGCAGCUAGACUGAAAGAACACGAGGAAGGUGGUAAAAACUGUCUCAUUGAGAAUAAAGUGAAGAAAGUAAUUAAGGAAGUGCCUUCUUGUCCAACAAUAGACAAUGUGGAGAUAUCUCCACUGGGAACUUUACAAGAUGUUCAAAGUGUCCAGCAGGAUGGGCCAACACCGAAUCAGGACAAAGCCAUGAAAACGAAUGAGCUUCCAAGUCCAGUUUCACAGAAAGAAAAUGUUAACACCUCUAAUCAAGUGAAGGAGUUUGUUGGAAAGGUAUCAUCACCAACCAUGCCAGAGAAGAAGGUCAAGUUUACAACAGUUGUUACUCUACAGAAUGAAAACAUUCAAGAAUCUGUCAGAUGUCCUGAACACAUAAAUGAAAAAGCUGUCAAAAAGCCAACAGAGAGGAAGUCUAAUGUGAUGGUAGUUGUAACUUUAAAAGGCAGAGAAAAAGAGUGGAUGUCAGGAGAUCACUUAUCAGCGCUGCUGCCACCAGUCCAGCAGAAUACAUCCCUGAGGUCCGACCAGGAGUUUAUAACUUCAACACCCAUUAUGAAACCUUCUCCACUUCCACCCAUCAUGACUUCCAAUACCAAGCAGUGGAAACUGGAAGACACAGAAUUGGUAUCGAGCAACCAAUCACAGUGUGUGGAAGAGGGGGGUAGCCUGAGCUGUGAUGAGGCUGAUCAGGGACCACCUCCUCCACCACCUCUUAUUGGGAAAUUUAGCAAUAGAAUCUCCAAGAGCCGAACCACGACACAGUCCAAAGAGGAAAACCUAGCCAAAAUAAAUGGAUCUAACAUACAGAGUGUAUCUGGGGACAGCACUGGUAAGCCUACCUAUGUAGGACAUGGUUUUAAAGACAGUAAUGAUGAGUUUGGCACAAAACCUAUCAUUGUCAUCUUGAAUGAGCCCAUGGACAUUCAGUCAGCCUACAAGCGUCUGUCCACAAUCUUUGAAUGUGAGGAAGAUCUUGAUGGGAUUUUGUGUCCAGAAGGUGUUUCAGAGGAGGAAAAGACAAAGCAGAAGGAAGAGGAACAGGAUCUGAGAAAAAUUUGUAUCACUGAAAUUACUAUGGGGUCAAGCCCUACAGGAAAGAGUCAGAAUUCUCCACAAAUCCAGCAUGGAAGACCUUCAACAGAUAGUUAUUCAGUUCCUGAAAACCAAGACCAAACUAACUCACAUUCACUUAGGAAACCUGAGACAAAAAGGAAAUUCAAAUUCAAGUUCCCCAAAAACAGACUGGCAGCACUUAGCCAGGCUAUUCGAACAGGGUCGAACAAAACGGGGAAGAAGACUGUUGAAGUUGUUGUUUCUGAGGAGGAGGUAGCAAUGUAUGAUAGGCCAGUCAAAGAGACCAAGAAUCAGACAAAGGAAUCACCAGUGUUUGAAAUGAACACAACUGAACAAUUCAACUUGGACAAAGGCAGUGCCUGUGACAGAGACAUCAGGAUACCCUCUUAUACCAAUACCAGUCACUCAGGGUCACAUAACCGGAUAGAGGAGCUCUGCAAAAAUACAUUUGACUCUAUGGACAGUCUCGAGGAGUCCAUUAAACAGUUGGAAGUCAGCGUGGAGAGUAUAACUGCCCCCUCUUCCUCAUUUGAGUCCACUGAUGAAGCACAGCUUAAAAGAAAAAUCAAACAAGAACAAGAGAGAAGCCCAUCCAAAAGGUCAGCCACUCAGAUCACCAAGGGUCCAAAUCCACCUCAGAGUAAGAGAGCCAAACCACUGCCUCCACAUGGCACAGAAAGAAACACCAUCAAGAAACAGACCUCCAGCAACAGCUCCAGCUCUUCUGCUCAGCGAUCCCAUGUCAGGUCCCGCCACGCAUCUGGCUCUCCAGAGAAGACACCUAAAGGCCAGCAGCAGGCCACGCACAAACGAGCCAGCCAGCCACGCCUUGUCACCACAACACGUUAACGUGAGUCCGGCCCACCACGGGCCUCCCAGCAGCAGCAAGCACCAGCACCGCCUCGUCUUCACUUCCACCACCACGUCUACCUCCAGUAACCUCUCCCAACACAGCUACUACUCUUCAUCCUCCUACUCUUCAUCCUCACCCUCCUCCUCCACCUCAUCUUCCCAUUCCCCCUCAUCCUCCUCCUCAUCCCCUCCUUCCCCAUCUUCUUCCCUCCCCCCCAUCACAGUGACUCAAGGGACAAAGAGUGGACAAACACCAGCAUCCAUCCCCAGCUCUCCAGGAUGUAGCAAGAAACACACUAGGAGCCGAGCUGUACGAGCGCCCCACACAGUGGACGCAGUAGCAGCAUCAAAGGACACAGAGUGAUGGUUUCAUAUUUUCAUGGAUGUUUAAGAAAGAUAAAAAAUGUAAAGUGCUCUUUGUUGUGUACCUUUGACAUGUUGAGAUUGCUUGUGGAAAGCUUGAAAGGUUCAGCUUGAUAUCCUUUGAACUCUAAACCAUGUUAAUGCCAUAUGAUCAGAACCAAUACAUCAUGUGGAAAGAGUCUAAAAAAAUCCCAAAUCAAAAAAUACACGGACAUUAAAAUGAUACCAAAGUGAAAGCAUCUCAAACAGUGUUGUUGUAAAGGAUCCCAUGUUGCCUGUUUGUAUCCACCCUGUGAUUUACUCAGUAGCUUAUUGUCUCUGAAAGUUAGUGUGACUGUUUCUGUCAUGCUCUUGUCUGUGCAACGCUGACAAAGAGUGGAACUGGGUGAGCUGAGAGGGGAGCAGCACAUGGUGACUGUAGGUAAGCCUGUCAUCGCUGAAAAUGUGCCCCAGCUCAUCAGCUUCCACAGCUCUGAAAUCAGUAUCAGUAAUGUGUGUGUGUGUGGACACAGUGAUGACAUGAAAUCAGGGUCCAGUGUGAAGCAGAAAAUGCAGCUGUUAGAGAGGUUUGUAAGAACACGCCAGUUUAGCCUGUGUAGCAUGCGUGUCCUAAAUGUAAAAGGUUUUGUCACAGUGUAUUGCUCUGAUACGGAGAUUGCAAAGGACAAAAAAAAAGAAGAAAAAAAGAUUCUGUUGUGAGAUCCUGUAAAAAUUUUUCACUUAAGGCCACGCGCUGAAUCCUGAUACGACAGCGUCCAUCAGGAGAGUGAAAGGAUGGGCCAGAGGUUGGCUGCAAAAUUAGGACCAUCCAUAACAGCAAUGCUACAGAUAAUCUAUAAAAAGAAGAACAUAUUUAAUUACCCAGCUGAAUGGAAAUGACUUCAAAUGAGCUCAGCUUUCAACAUGCAGUUAAUAAUAAUUUCAUGAAGUGAAUAUAAACACUAAAAGUAUUCAGUGACGCUCACAACUGAGUAAAGCUUUGAUGUUUAAUUCUAGAGUAUUUUCAGUGUACUGGUGCGUUAACUAAAGUAAAUGUCAAGAAAUAUUUUUAUAGUUACUGAAGAAGACAUCUUUAAUAUAUUUUUACUUAUAAUGCAAAUUUUAAAUGCUUAAUUUAAAAAAAUUCUAUCACUUCUUUAGCCUAAAAGAACUGCAGGAGACGCUGAAACGUCUGAAUCUGCUUCAUGAACCAGCUGGGCUCUCAUCCAGCAGCUGUUUUUCUGCCUGUCAUAGCAUUAACCACAACCUUUACACUGAUUGGUCAGUUCUAAACACACUAUAGCUGCUGUGUUCAUGAUGAAGCUGUGCUUUAGUAUUUGUGUCUUUCCUGUUUUCAGGUCACAACAGAGAGCGCCUUGAGCUUUCUCUGUUUGUGUUAUGGAGUGGAUGUUUCAGUGAAUAGCUUGCAGCCAAUCAGACACAGUGUUUCUGUUGGUUCACUGAUGAGCUUUGAUGGGGAAACAUGGUGCAGUGUGUGUGUGUGUG